UGAGUUUGUUGUGUCUUAGUUAUGGUUGAUUUGUUUCAAGGUGCAGAAAGUGAAAUGAAGGCUAGUGAAUAAUUGCGUAGAAAGAGAUAGAAAGAAUAAGAGUGAAGCACGUGGGAUCACGUGGCUUGGGGUGAUGGUUCCUUGCAUCAACGCUCCGCCCCUAUGCCAACGUCAUACGCGAAUAGCGUCAUUCAGCCCCCUCAAUAAAAAUGCAAGUUUUUAAACUACGAGGCUCCUCGUAUCAACGCUCCGUCCCUGCGCCAACUUUGACGAACGAACAAGAUAGCAAAAGAGAGGGAGAAUAACAAGAAGAGUCAAAGCAUAGCAAAGGCAAGAUCAGCAGCAGCGAAACAGUGCUCGGCAGUCGGACUGGUCGGAGCCGGUGGUGCCACUCAUAUUGUCGAGGAAAUCGCGCGUUAGUGUCUUCGGCCUAGAUUCGAUUGAAAAAAAGUAAAGACCCAACCCUUGUGUAGUAGCGCUGAGGUCGAGGAUAUAUAUUGAAACUCACGACAGUCAAUUGGAGUUUGUCCCAGAAUCAUCACCGUAAUGUCACUACAAAGGAUGACGAGCCUGUCAAAGGCACUGUCAGGUCUUAUGAGACCUUACAGGGCAACAGCAGCCGCAGGUUCGAAAAGUUACUUUACUUACGUUAACGAGCCGUCGAUGCCGAUUCCCGACAAGGAACCUUGCUAUGUCAACUGCGCCGAGGAGGCUAUCGAAGCUGCUGGUCUUGCAUCCAAUAAAAUCGUAUUCUCCCAGGGCGCAGCCGCGACACCGGUGGAGUUACUUCGAGGAAUGACUGAGCUUGGCCAGAAGAACAACGUGUGCAACGUGAGGUUGUUUCACAUGCAUCUUGAAGGCGAAGCACCGUUCGCUGAUAAAUGCGUUGAAAGUAACUUCCGAUCCAUGAGUUUAUUCAUUGGAGGCAAUGUGAGGAAAGCCGUGAACGAAGGUCGUGCCGACGCGAUUCCCAUCUUUUUACAUGAAAUUCCCAAAUUAUUCAACGAGGGCCAUAUUAAACCUGACAUCGCCCUUAUUCACGUCACUCCACCUGAUGAUAAAGGGUACUGUUCUCUUGGUACCAGCGUCGAUUGCGUCAGAGCUGCGCUUAUUCACUCCAAAAUUAUUGUGGCACAAAUAAAUCAGUACAUGCCACGUACAUUUGGCGACGCUUUGGUGCAUAAAAGCCACAUCGAUUACGCGAUAUGCCAUGACAAGCCUUUACCGUCUCACGGAGGCAAUGAGCCAAGUAAAGAGGAGAAAUUGAUCGGCAAGCACAUUGCUGAGAAUCUUGUAGAAAAUGGUGCCACUCUGCAACUUGGUAUCGGCAGUAUUCCUGAUGCAGUACUCGCUCUGCUGAAAGGACAUAAAGACCUCGGUAUUCAUAGUGAGAUGUUCAGUGACGGCGUUGUUGAUCUUGUUAAUCUUGGCUGCGUCACCAAUAGUCAGAAGACUAUACAUACUGGUAGAAUUGUUGGAUCGUUCUGCGUUGGCACUAAUAAGCUUUACGAUUUCAUGGAUAAUAAUCCUUUCAUUGAGAUGUUGAGGGUGGACUAUGUCAACGACCCGCGAAUCGCUGCCAAACAGCCAAAGAUGACUGCAAUCAAUUCGUGUAUAGAAGUCGACAUUACUGGGCAGAUUUGCUCGGACAGUAUUGGUACAAGAAUGUAUUCUGGUUUUGGAGGUCAAGUUGAUUUCAUUACAGGCGCUGCAAUGAGUGAAGACGGCAAAGGAAAGCCAAUUAUUGCUCUCAGGUCUACUACUAACAAGGGCGCUACUAAAAUUGUACCUACGCUCAAAUUAGGUGCUGGAGUUGUAACAUCAAGAGCAUUGGUACGUUACGUCGUAACGGAAUGGGGCAUUGCUUCUCUCUUCGGAAGAUCUUUGCAACAGCGAGCAUACGAGCUAAUUCAGGUUGCACAUCCAGACCAUAGAGAAGCAUUGGAAAAGGCUGCAUUUGAACGACUGAAAGUGAUGCCAGCAAAGAAAGAUUACUAAAGUGAAAGGAAUGAGAUUAUCCGAUAGCAUUUUUCGGCAUCCGCCAUACUCGCACCGGUAACACGUGUUAUUGCCUCUCUGCCAUAUAUCCGAAGACUCUUUGAUUUAAUCAAAAGGAGAUUCUUAGAUAGUUUGAUGGUCCGGAGAAAAGAGAAUAAACUAUCGAUUGUUUGGAAGCAAAAUUCAUGUUUUUUUUUUAAAUUGAAAAGUGAAUUGUUUAUCAAUUGAAGACACAUCCGCGCAGUUGUAUGCGCGAUUAUAAUUUGAAUAAAAUUAAUUUUCUCCGGGUAUUUUGCGUUAUAUAGGCAUGACAAAGAACAUUAGUUGCAUGAAAAAAAAAUAAAUGAAAUCAGUGAGUAAUGAUGUGUAGAACAUGUCGGUGUAAUUUCUUGUGGAGAUCCUAUGAUAUCGACAAAUUAUAUUAAUUAUAUAGCUGUCUGAGAAGUUAGCCGACGCUAAACCACAUUUUGUCUAAACUACAAAAUAUUAUUUUUUGUAAUAAAAUUUAAAAAAAUAAGUCCUUUUUAUAUAUGUAUAUUGCCAAGACAGAUAAAGUUGAUGUAAACAUUUAAUGCGCAUUUCGUUCGAAAUUUAAUACUAUCCAAGCAGUUGUAAUUAAAGACAAGCAAACUUCUUUAAUUUACCAUUUAAAGUUAUAUUUUUUUAAUUGUGAAUAUAUUUCCAAUACAUACUUAGCCAUUUUUAAUUAUGUAUAUUUUUUUAUAAAUGUCUAAAUAAUUUGUUGUACAUUACUUCUUUAUGUACGAGCAGUUAUCUAAAAGAUUAUUUAACUUAUGUGAUUAUAUUUUUAGUCAUAUCGAGCAUCAUCGUUUUCUUUUGAAUAAUCAAAUAAAAUCAACUAAAAAGGACUUCAGAAUUGUUUGUAUAACUCUUUUGUUCA